AUGAAAUCUUAUUGCCACAGAGCUCCGUGGCUUUGCAGGCUGAAAUUCAUCUUAAUCUCAUUGUUACUAUUUGAAAAUGUGUUAAGUGAUGUGUCUUACUAUGAAUUAUUGGGGGUAUCUAAAAAAGCAUCAACACAUGAGAUAAAGCAAGCAUACAAAAAGCUAGCAGUGAAAUUACAUCCAGAUAAAAAUCCUAAUACAAGGGAACAAAAAAGGUUCCUAGAAAUUACUGAGGCGUAUGAAACUUUAAAGGAUCCACAGAAACGACACAAAUAUGACAUGUAUGGAUCUCAACAAUCUUAUACUAAGAAAUAUGACUAUCAUUCACAAGCUGAGUACAAUGAUUUGUAUUAUAAUGGCUUAUAUCACAAUGACCCAUUUGUGAUAACUCUAUCUGGGAAGAGAUUUGAUUCAUAUUUAGAAGAGGGCUUAUACUUUAUAAACUUUUAUUCUCCUUUUUGUCCACCAUGCCAGAAUUUGGCCGAUGACUGGAAAAAACUUGCAGAAGUUUAUAAUGGAAUUAUUAAAAUUGGUGCAGUUAAUUGCAAAUAUCAUAACUCAUUUUGUUUCAAUACAAUGAGAAUUGGCAGCUAUCCUACGCUUUUGUUUUAUCCCAAUGGAAAACACAGAAAUUUCUUAUACUACAGAGGCGAGCAUUCCUUUGAGGCAUUAGAAGAAUUCGUGCUAAAGUUCUUACGGGAUACAGUAAAUGUUCCGACUAUAACGAAAUUAAGAAGCACCGACGACCCUAUGGUUUACAUUCUGGAUGAUAGUUUGGACGAGAAAAUGUUGUUGCGGAUAGCUUACCACCUUGAUGGUUUAGCUUCUGUAGUGAUGGCCACGAACAUUCGCCCUCGAGUCAGUAAAAACUUGGAUGCAGUUAUUGUUUUCAAAUAUAAACGGAUAUACAAAGAAAUAUUUAGCUCAGAUGAGAAGACUAUACUGAGUGAGAUUGUUGAUAUGCUUCCGAAGAUUGAAGAAAUUGGGUUGGAACAACUGAAGGAAAUAAGGAGUAAUUUGCGUAAUGGCGACGAUGCCACGCCGUGGGUGUUGUACUUCUCGAAGGAAGGCGACGAUAAACUGCUUCUAUAUCAAAUGAGAAUUGGUUUGCCUGACAUAAAUUUCGGUAUAAUAAACUGUGACACUCUCCCGUCGCUGUGUGAGUCGCUACAAGUAUGGGAGGCGCCGUGCUGGGCGCUGCUGAAGGCGGGCGGCGCGUACCAGCGCCUGUACGCCGCGCCCACGGAAGCCGCGUUGCGCGCGGCGGCGCGCGCUCUGCCGCUGCACACGCUCUCGCCUACGGACUUCCAGAACAUUUAUGAUGGAGAUAUGUCGCCAUGGGUGCUCCUUGUGGUGCCCUAUCAAGUGACGUGGGACCACUACGCAGAGCCCUUCACACAGGCUUGCUUGGAAAUGCUCGAUGCUGAUAUCAAUUUCGGUAUAAUGAUAUGUACGUUAAACACGGACUCGUCGUGUCGCCUCGUGGCUCAGAACGAGCCCGUCAUACUGCUGCAGAAUGGCACAAAGAGACAUAUGUACGGUGGGGAUGCUGACAAGGCGGAGAUUGUGGAGUUUAUUGAUCUUAUAAGAGAAAAUGCUGACAUGGAACUAACAGAGGCCCAAGUGCUGGAGAUCCAGCACUCGUCGCGCACGCACACGUGGGUGGUGGCGUACCUGCCGGCGGCGUGCGGCCGCGUGUGCCGCGACCUGCUGCACGAGUGGCGGCGCGUCGCCAAACGACUCCGGCCGCUGGCGAGCGUGCGCGUGGGUGUGCUGGAGUGCGCGCGCGGCGCCGGGCUGUGCGCCAACGUGCGCGCCGCUGCCGCGCGCCUCUACCCCGCCGCCGCGCAGCGACACUACACAGUUAGCCUGGAACAUCUAUCAGAAGCCCCGUACAUAUUGGAAUGGGCGUUGGAACAUAUCGACAAUUCGAUAAUGAAAGUAAACUGGCAAAGCUUUACCAAAACUGUCAUAGCCGAAGAAUUAAAUCCUAGCAGAAACAAAAAGCCUUGGCUCAUCUACUUCCACUCGCCCAGGUGCUACCGAUGCUACGAGAUGUAUCCGGAUUUCGCUAUCGUUGCUAAUAUGUUAAGCAAUAGUAUGCAUUUCGGAAAAGUGAACUGCAUGACAGAGAGGACCUUGUGCCAACAUGAGUAUAUAAACAGCUACCCUUCGAUCAGAUUAUAUCUUAAUAGGAACAAACAGAACACUGUGAGUCGAGUCGUUCCCAUCCAACCUAAAGGUUAUAUGGAAUUAAUAAAAGAUAUAAAACCACAUUUACGGGGUUAUGAUGAAAAUAUACUAUUGGAUAUAGAGAGCAUGGGUAUCAAAAGCCAUAUACGAUUUAGAGAUGAGUUG